AUGCCAAGCGAAGAAGAUCAGCCAAAAGCUGGUGAUUUACGACGGGAUCGAACGAGUCGAACCUCGAGCCAAUCUGGAGACUCGCUACCGUCUCUCGCUUCUCCAAGUCCGACAAUCGAGAAUCUUCCAGGAGCGUCUGAUUCACCAACUCAAGAAGAGCUACCAUCAAAUUUCCGAAAAAAGGAGCGCAAAAUUCACAAAGACUCCGUUUGUGCAUUCGUCUUUCGAAAAGAUCAUCCAAAAAAGCCUUUUCCUCAACUUGUU